AUGCAGUGACUGCGAAGGAUGUCAUGUUUGCAGUCCUUGCUCUCCAUGAACGCCUGCAGGCAGACGUCGACAGACUUAAGUUCGCCGAGAUAAAUGCCAACAUGACCAAAAGCGCCAAGGACCGAGCCGAAGCACAGGUGAAGGAGCUAAAGCUGGACUUGGAGCAUUGGCGGCAAAAGGCUCUCAGCUUCCAGAGAGACGAGGACAGAGCAAAACGGCAAAGCCAGGACAUCUCUAGCUUGGAAGUGGAAGUCAAGGAUUUGCACCAGCAGAAUGCACAGCUCUUGCUCACGUUCCAGCAGUUCAAGACAGAAUUGGAGACGGCACUGGCUGAGAACCAUGGCUUGCAGGAGACGAUCGACAUGUACGAGAUGAACCUUCAGCGCGCUACAGACCAGAAAGCCGAGCUCAUGGGGCACAGUUGGUCUUCCGUGCAAUUCGGACCCAAGGAUGAGCAAGGGUUCUGCGAUGCCAAGCUGACACUGGUAGUUCGAGCCGGACAGCCACACAAUUGCAUUGAGGAGAUAAACUCCGACGUGGUCGUGGUCAGCAUCGGCGAGCCGAACAAACGGGGGCGUGGGAACCGAGAACUCAGCGGCUUUCUUCGAACACUACUUGGCCUUGCAGAAGAUCAGGUGAGGUUGGAGGACAAUGUCAGUAGUAAGAGCAAAACACUGCUCUUGAAGCGGUUGACCUGCGACAAACGUAGCCUCAUUUGGCAGCUUCAAGCCAAGGUAGGAGACAAGCAGCCUCCGCGCUUUGCGACCGAAGAAGCAAACGCAGCCUUCGUUUCUAUCUGCGUAAGCAGUGGGCCACGACCGCCGGCCAGGUUCCAGUUUGACCUCCAUCCGGACAAGGCGUGUUUGAGCAGUCCAGUACAGGGAAUCAAGAAUGUGAUUCCUCAGGUGCGGUUCGACAAACACAAGAAAUCGAGCUUCCCCACAUGCUUCUCGCAUUCCGAGUACGGGUUUCAUCAGAAGACCCGGGGACGCUCUUCACUGGAAGAGGAACCCAAAAAUCUCGUCUUCGCGACAGAUGAUGAGUGGUUGAUCGACGAGAUCAAUAUGGAACUGAUCCGCGUGCACAAGAAGACGAGGAAGGUCAAAUACGACCCCAAGGAAGGACAGAUGCCUGUCCCACUGGAACUCUUGGACACUACUUGCAAAACGAUCAUGCAGUUUGCCAAGAACAGAGUCGUCACUCAGGAAGAUGGUUGGCGGGUUACUGAGCGUCCUCUAACGAUGCAACAGAUGAAGAGACUCUUCAUGACCGAGGCCUACGAAGCCAGCUUCAAAGCUACUUCGACAGCGGAAGCCAACAAUGAGAAGGCUUUCGAAAACCUCGCGGAAGCAAGUGAGAAGCUCGGCCUCGAGGGCACCGAGGAGUACAAGGCCUUCGUCCGCGACCACUACCGGAUCGAGCGCAGUAGUCUCAUGAGGCUAGCCGAUCAGCAGUAUGGUUGCGGCCAAUCUGGUCUGUACCACGAUGGCGUCCGCGUCGACGAGGUUGGAUCCUUCAAGCUGCAGCAUAUGAGAUGGCGUCAAACGGCAUCUCGGCACCCUCAGCACAAACUCCACCUUUCGGAGGAGGACCUAAAAAUGGAUCCAGUCUAUUCCCGUCGACCGGAACGCAAGGACGUUGUCUUCAGGGCCGGAGAUGUUCGGAGCACAUUGGAUGAUCGCCAAAUGGCCAAGGCUUCCAAGGCCCGUGAGGAGACGUUGGAAGUCAACCAAGCUCUUCCCGAGCGAGUCAGAGAACUGAGCCAAGCCAACUGUGCUGCCACACGGGACGAACUCGUGAACGCGAAGCUUCACUACUUCCUG